AUGACAAAAAAUUCGGAGAGACCUCCCGCGAUAUCAAGCCCAGAGACCACGGCUACCUCAUCCGAACAAGAUGGACUGUAUAUCCUGAACUUUGAACCCGAUUUCGGAACGGUUGUUUUCACUGGAGAUCCCGACUUGGAAUAUCCGCCUCUACCACUUCCAAGGUAUGGCUCUAAGGGAUACUCAGUAUUCAAUGAGAGGUGUCGGAUACCAAAGCAUGAAGCGCUUGACGUCGUAUACGCCGAAAAUGGAGCUGCGUCGACACCCGGCCCAGCCCCAAGAACCUGCCGGACCUUCCUAGCCGAACCCUUCGUUUUCCGCCGAGUCCCAGACGGGAAGAGAUGGUGCUUCAGACCUGAUGAGCGAGUUCUGAAACGAUUCUAUCCAGAGCUUGCCCUGGAAGAGUGGAACUGCUCUCUAAAAGUGACCUCGGAGGCAGGAGAGGUCGCCGGAAACGGAAUCUAUUUCAAAUUCGGCGACUGUAUCGAGGGCCUUCAUUCAUGGAUCUCCUGCACGAUCCCGUCCUCUCGGCUCGAGUAUCAAGAGAUUCUCAGCGAGCCCGAUCUCAAAGUAGACCUCGAGACGGGGAAACCUCUGAGUACGGAGAAUGGGGCUCCUCUAAAUGUUCUGCUCGUGGAGGUCAGUGCCAUGUCAAGGGGCGAUAUCGUGGACCAACUUCCGGGAUUUUCGGAGCUCUUGGGCGGCCUCGGGCAUCUGGUGAUCUUUUCCGCUUACCACACCAUGGGAGAGAACUAUCUAGAGAAUCACGUGCGACUCGUCAAGGGAUCGUCUCUGGAGCCCGGCUCUGUUUUGGGGAGUUCUCGCGGAAAAUCUAAGAUUCUGGAGAGAGGGGACGUCUGGGAAAGCUUUAGGACUGCGGGAUACGGAACGAUUGAACAACCCGAUGAAGAGCUCUUGCCGGGUGUCAAGUCCACGCAAGGCCCGCGUCCCUCUCUCUGGCAUCUCUUGGAGGCACCUGAGGAAGCAACAAUGGGGGAUUCUCUUACCUGUGUGAAGCAGGAAUUGAGAUCAAAAUAUCACUUCAGAAAUAUUAUUGAAGCAUUGGAGGAGCUGAAGCAGCACGAGAGACCGCUGUUCUCCUACAGCUGGUUCAGGAACGUGAGCUGUGCCGUGGUGAAUGAAACCUCUUUCGACUCUGACCUCGUUGAGUUCUUGAAUAAUUUGAACGAAGACGCUGCGCUGAACGAUACCGCAAUAUUCCUCAUCUCGGAUAGUCCAUCGCAAGCUCCUGGAUCUCCGAGUCUAAGCUCCGUGGAAAAUUUACUCCUCGGCGGCUUGUGUUGGUUCCCAACCCGGUUCGCCGUGGAGCAUCCAGAGAAGAUGGGAAAUUUGCUCGUAAACUCGCAGAACGUCAUCUACGCCCAGGACGUGCACGCAACAUUAUUGGAUCUGAUCGAUCUGAGUGACGAGAACAGAUUGGAGGAGACCCUGCCCGGCCGCAGUCUGUUCUCCGGCAUGGCCCAAGACCAAACGUGUCAGACAGAGCUCGCCGCAGAGUACUGCGCGUGUUACGAGAGACUCCCCUUCGACGUAGAGAGUCGACUCGCGACCUCCUUUGCCCAGGCUGUCAUCCAGAAACUGAAUAGACUGAUCCCUCUCGAGCCCAUCGAAGGAUGGGAGCUGAAGCGAAUUAAUGAAAUGGUACGGUUCUCGGAAGGUGGCAAUUGGACAAACUUAUUCGAAAUUUCCAUACGGGUAGGACCCAGCGCCGACAUCGUCGCGAUCUCCACCUUCUCAAGACCAACCCUAGAUUGGAAGAUCUCGCCUCGGGUGCGGAUAAUUGUUGAUGGAGACCCCCGACAGUUCUGCGCGGCCUUGGAUCGUUGGAGGGAAUUUCUCAUCGGGGAGAAGCGGUGCCUGGAUUUCUCGGUUUCUCGGACGAUGCGCGCACAAACUGCUCCGAUCGGCUCCGUCGAUCCUCCGCGAUAG